AUGGCCUUUCUUCCCUGGCGCGGCCUGGCCUACGCCAGCGGCUCCUUGGCCGGCCGCUACGUGCUGGGCGAUGGGCUCACGCAGCGGCUCUUGGAGAGGCGCGAGCACGACUGGAGACGCAGCUGCCUCUUCGGUUCUUUCGGAGCUGUCAUGGGUGCUCCAGCCUACCUUUUCUACGCAGAGUUUCCCACCAGGGUUUUGAGCAAGCUCGUCGAGGGGCGGUGGAGAAUGGUGGCUGCCAUGAUCGGCGUGGACGCACUUAUCUUCAUGCCCCUGGUUUAUUUGCCAUGCUUCUACACCUUCCGAGAAGCAAUCUACAACAGGCACGGCAGCUGCGCUUCCUUGGCAUCCGCUUCCUAUGCGUACUGGUCGGAGCACGCACCCAUAGAUAUGAGGGCAGCCGCGCCAUUGCUCGUCACCUCCGAUGUUGUCAUGUUCACAGCAUUGCCGGCUAUUUGGCGAGUGCCAUUCCUUUCGUCCAUUGGCCUGAUCUGGGUCUUCUACAUCUCGCUGAAGCGCGGCUCUCGCGAAAUCAGUGAUCCAGAGUGCAGUUCUUGA